GGCGCCAUGGUAAACUCACAAACGGAAGAAAGAGGGAGAAAUAGGGAGAUGAAAAAUGUCCGAAAAAGCUGUUUACGACCUUCCAACAAUCGGCUCAUUGCAAAUACCAAAUGAUAAUAUCUAGGCAUUAUUAAUGAAGAAUUGAGAAUUGAGCGUCGGAUUAUAGAUAUAGUGAAUCGGAUAAAAAGAUAUCAGUACGGAGGAUCGAAUGGUUUAAAACUUAUAGGUGAAUACAUUAACUGAUGAUAACAUUCGAAAUGGCUGAAAACUCUGAGCCCUAUGAGAACGAGUCCUCCGAACCACACGAUGAAGACUAUGACUCAAUGGUUGACAAUGGGACCGAUGAGUCCGAUUCAGAAAUUGAAAAUAGCUUAGCGCAGAAUAAAUCAGAAGCAACGAAACGAAAAAUAGUAACAGGAGACGACAACGAUGUUGCUGUUCCAAAAAAAAAAGGGAAAAAUAUCGACAAAGAACUGUACAAGCCUCCGACCGUCGAAGAAUUAAACCAGCUGAGAGAGACUGAGAAUUUAUUCCACUCGAACUUGUUCAGAUUACAAAUCGAGGAAAUGCUGGAACAAGUUAAAAUUAAACCUAAAUACAAGAAGUUGUUCAGUAGUUGGUUUGACGAGCUCAAAGACUGCAUUAAUCAAAUCCAAGAAACUGAUGAGGUUGAGCUAUUGAACAUAGCAUCCAUAAAAAUGUUAAAAGCUGAAGUUCCCUUUGAUCUUGAAUCAAAAAGCACAAAAGGGUUCUACAAAUUCCUCAGACCAUCAAACAUUAGUGUCGUCGGAUCUUAUACAACGGAUAGCUAUAUCGGACCAAAUAUAACCAUUGACAUAGCAGUUGAAAUGCCGUCAAAACUAUUUCAGAAGCACGAUUACCAGAAUCAUAGGUAUCUGCGCAAAAGGGCCAUAUAUCUCGCAUAUAUCGCUUCAAAUAUUGGGACUAAUUUAGCGCAGAGUACGAAAUUUACGGAUCUAGGGGAUAAUUACAAACCUAUUUUGAAGAUUUUACCCUUUGGAAAAUUAGGCAAACAUGUUACCAUACAUUUAUACUUAGCGACGCAAGAAGGCAGUUUCAAGUUGAACAGAUUUUUGCCAGGAAAGAACAGCGUCAGAACUGGAUGGUAUUUUAAGGAAAGUCAUCCAGUCGAUGAUUCUUCCAUUCCGACGCCUCAUCAUAACAGUUCAGUUUUACACGAUCUGACCAUGUCGCAGAAUAAUGCUUGCAUCGUUAAAACUAUUUCGCAGUAUCCGGCAUUGAGAGAUGGAAUUUUGCUGUUGAAAAUUUGGCUCCGUCAACGCCAGUUGGAUAGAGGAUACGGCUCAUUCAACGGACAUAUUUUAACGAUGUACGUGAUCUAUCUAAUGAAAAUGAGACAAAUCAACACUGUCAUGAGCAGCUAUCAAGUAGUCAGAAAUGUUUGGAACUCAUUAGCUCAAAGCAACUGGUGCGAAUCUGGCAUAACUUUGAGCCAGAACGAAGCAGGCGAACCCCCUGUAUCCGAAUUUCAGGACAAAUACGAUUGUGUGUUCAUCGAUACUUCCGGAUAUCAUAAUCUUGUUGCUAAUGUGAACAGGACAACAUAUAAUUGGAUCAGGAGCCAAGCAGGGCUUGCAGUGAAAUGCUUGGACAACUUCAACAUUAAUAGUUUUCACGCUCUAUUCAUGACACCAGUGCCGUUUCACCGAGAAUUCGAUAACAUUAUUUGUUUCCACAAUACGCGACAAAUAGCAACGCUAGUCAGAACGCAAUCACCAAGAGCUGCGAAGCUGGAUUACGACUCAAAUAUUUGGGCUCAGGCCUCGAACCUGCUCGUAUCCACCUUUCAAAGUGGUUUAAAAAAUAGAGUAUCUCAGAUCGUAGUUCGACUGGGGGAAUACAAGGAAUGGGAAAUUACGCAGCCCGUUCCAAAGGAUACGAGAAAGAUCUACAUCGGCUUAAAACUUGAUCCGGAGUUCUGCUUUACUAUCGUGGACAAAGGACCCCAGGCAGAUUUACCGGAGGCUGCCGAGUACAGAAAGUUCUGGGGAAAGAAAUCGGAGCUCCGUCGUUUCCAAGAUGGCGCUAUCUGCGAAGCAACAAUUUGGGGGAAAGGCAAGACAUUGGCUGAAAAGCGAUCUAUUUGCAAAAGAAUCGUUGUGCACCUGCUCAGUCAGAAGUUAUCCAUACGGGAAGGAUUCCUGUACAUCGCAGACCAAAUGGAACCACUAUUGACACUGAAUAAGAUCAAGCUCACCAAAUUCGCAUAUGGCACCGGUGAAGAAGCGACGUUGCAAGUGCUGAACACGUUCAAUAAUUUAGUGAAACAACUGACGUUGUUGACGGAUCUUCCACUGACGGUUACGGGUGUUCAAGGUUGCAGCCCAGUGUUUAGAUACACAGAAGUUUUCCCUCCGUUAGCCACAGUGUAUCGCAGUGAGAAGGAAAUCACCAAGGAAGGUGAACACUGCCUUUUACUGGAAGAAAAUUUGGAAGAACUACCUCUAUAUGUUUCGCCCAUCGAAGCAACUAUUCAAUUAUCGCUGAGUGGCAAAUGGCCGGAAGAGCUUGAGGCCGUGAGAAAGCUAAAAGCAGCCUUUCACAUACAGAUCGCAGAAGGCCUGCGUAAACAAUAUAAUUUGAAAGCGCAAGGGGGAUUAAAUUAUGUAGACGUCAUGAAGGAUGGUUUCGUCUUCCGACUGACUGUUGCCCAUCAGAAAGAGAUUAUUCUACUGAAGCAACAGAUCGGCGAUGACGGUGUGAUAAAGUACAGAGACAACAACGAGUCAAUCGAGUUGGAAAGAAAAUUAUUUCAAUUGCCAAGGCUCACCAGCGCUCUCCACGGGCUCCACUCUCAGCAACCUUCUUUCGGUCCAGCGUGCUGCCUGGUGAAACGAUGGCUAUCUGUACACCUUCUGGACGAAUCACAUAUGCCUGCCAUCGUCGUUGAGUUACUUCUCGCCUCGAUAUAUCUCACUCCAGAGCCCUACUCCUCGACGCAAAUACCUCAGGUGGCAUUUUUGAGGUUCUUAGAAAUGUUUGCCAGAAGCCAUUGGAACACCGACAUAGUGCUUGUCAAUUUCAACAACGACAUGACCAGGCAAGAAAUUGUCGAGGCAGAAAGCAAUUUCAAUUCCAACCGAAGCAAGCUUCCGCCAUUGUACAUAUUGACUCCCUAUGAUCAAAAAGCUUCAACGUGGACCAAAACGACACCGUCCCCAGUUAUCCUCAAUCGAAUAACAAUGCUCGCUCGCGAAUCACUCAAAAUUAUAGAGAUGCAAAUUCACGAUGGCAUCACACUGAACUACAGGCUGAUAUUCAAACCUCCAAUGUCUGGAUACGACUUCCUGAUCAACUUAAGGCCGAAUAUGAAUCCCAGAAUAUUACAAGCUGUAGAUUUGAGCUCCGAUCACCCUGUCCUGGAAUGGCAUCCGCACAAACCGCAUACUAAGGCGAAAAUUCCUGUCGUUGACUUCAACCCAGUUCAGAUUUACUUACGAGAACUCAGGGAAAACUAUGAUGAGUUUGCACUGUUUUUUCACGACACAUAUGGCGGUGAUGUCAUAGGUGUCCUGAUAAAGCCUAGUGCGUUAGAGCCAAAGGACUUCAAGGUCUCGAACGUUAAUUGUCGAAAAAUUAACGCUGACGGAAAAUUGAUACUAAACGUUGCUGCGAUGUUGGCAGAUUUUUACGUGCUGGGCGAGGGAUUAGUCGAGAAUAUCGACGUUCAGUCUAAAAAAGAAUACCUCUGAACCACGCGCACAUGUAAAUUUUUAUUUCGUAUAAAAUAAAAUGGCGAUUCGGUAAAAAUAGUUCUUAUGAUUUCCCAGGUUCCAGUAAACAGAUAAUUAAGUUCAGAUUAGUCACCGGUUAGUUUAUGUAAUUCGAAAAAUUAAAAACCUUGAACGGAUGGUACAGGAAGUGCUCAAUAAAACCAGAGUGAUUAAUAUUGUGUUAAGAAAAAUUAAUGAUGAUAACUACGCUGGGCGUCUCAGAGAUAAUAGCUAUGAAUAUUUUUUUUCAUAGCGUUGAUAAGUAUCUGAGUUGUAGAGAAAAACAUGAAGACAUUUAUCUGUUCACGGGUAUAUAAACGCUGCUAUCCAAGUGAUACAAAGAGCUGUUUUUUCCAACAUGGCUAAUGUCAAGCUGCGGUUACAGGCUCUAACUUUCUUCGUGUGGAUAGGGAGUAUUUCGUGCUGUACGAGGCUCUUGGAUAAUAGAGUAUCGCAAAAGA